AUGGCCACCAAGCUCCGCGGUGACUUCCGCACCGGAAAGAGGCUGAACAUCAAGCGUAUCAUCCCCUACAUCGCCUCCCAGUACAAGCGCGACAAGAUCUGGAUGCGCCGCUCUAUCCCUUCGAAGCGUAACUACCAGAUCAUGCUGGCUGUCGACGACAGCAAGUCCAUGCUGGAAAGUGGCAGUGGCCAGCUCGCCUUCGAGACCCUCGCCCUUGUUGCGAAGAGUCUGAGCAUGCUGGAAGCCGGCGACCUGUGUGUCCUCGGCUUCGGUAACGAAGACCAUGUUCGCGUCGCUCAUGAGUUCGGAAAGCCCUUCUCCUCCGAGGCCGGCUCCCAGGUCUUCCAGCACUUCAGCUACCAGCAAACCGGUACCAAUGUACGCAAGCUGAUUGCCGAUUCUAUCGCUCUCUUCCGCGAGGCUCGCUGGAAGCGCUCGCCUGGCUCUGGCUCUGCCGAUCUUUGGCAGCUUCAGUUGAUUAUCUCUGAUGGUAUCUGUGAAGACCAUGAUACUAUUCGCCGUCUUAUUAGACAGGCACUUGAGGAGCGCAUCAUGGUUGUCUUUAUUAUUGUCGAUGCUGUUAAGGGUAGCUCUAUCCUUGACCUGUCGCAGGCCAGCUUCGAGGCCGAUCCUGGUUCUGGUGGUGAGAUGAAGCUUAAGAUGAAGCGUUACCUCGAGGACUUCCCCUUCCCUUACUACCUCGUUGUUCGUGAUGUGAGGGAGUUGCCCUCUGUUUUGGCUACUGCACUCAAGCAGUGGUUCGCCGAAGUUGUGGAUGUGUCGUCUUGA